UGUAUUCAAGGUCGACAUGGAGUUGGCUGUCUGAAAUUUCAGGUGAUCAAGAAAAAUUUCGUAUUAUCAUCAGUUUCGUCAUUUUUUCUGCGAGUGUUUGCAACAAGCUGAGAAGAGAUGGCAUACAAUCUCCAAUCCCUCGUCACCGUCCUACAGCAAAUCCUUCAUCCCCAACAAACACGAUGGAUUGUUAAUCAAAACAAGCCACAACUCGAAUCCAUACUUGAAAAGGCUGAAUCUCUGCUGCAGAUUCUUGAAAAGUGUUCACACACCAAAAUAGCAAGCUUGGAGAGCCGAAUCAGAGAUUCAGCACACAGAGUAGAAGAUAUAAUUGAAUCUCGCAUGGUUCAUCAAAUGCUUUCAACCCCUCAAGGCGUGGAUGGAUCUCUCUUAUUGUUUUCUUUCUUCACACCAUACCUUGAACAAGUUCUGCAACAACUCGAUUUGGAGCAAGAUCUGGAGCUAGUAACUCGAGAUCUUGAUUUUGCAACUGGACAGGCGGUGAAGCCCACGGAACUUGAAUCUGUGAAGCUCGUGGAGGUGGAGGAAAAGAAGAUGCUGGAUGGUGCUCCUUUCUCGAGCUCCAAGAACUAUUUGGUGGGAGUUGAUGGAGAUCUAAUGCAGUUGAAGGAUCGUCUUACAAAUAUGGGGACCGAGUUGGAAAUCAUCGCCAUCGUUGGCAUGAGUGGGAUUGGUAAGUCCACUCUUGCUCGAAAUCUUUACAACGAUCCACUCAUUAUUGACUACUUUGCUUAUCGCGGUUGGGCCUCAAUAUCACAAGAUCCAAAUUUGCGAGAAAUUCUGUUAUGUAUUCUUCAUGGCAUAAUUGGAAAGCUCACGGAUGAACUAAUUGCGUGCAGCGAUGGUGAGUUGAAAGAUAUGCUGUAUAAGAGAUUGUAUGGACGAAGAUAUAUGAUUGUCUUAGAUGAUACAUGGAGCACCAAGGUCUGGGAUGAGAUAAGGAUGUAUUGUCCAGAUAACAACAUUGGGAGUCGAAUUGUGAUCACAACCAGGUUAUCUGAUGUAGCCAAGCUUAUUUCACACAGCCUGAGUUUGCAUUAUGUUCAAUUGCUUAACAAUUCUGCAAGCUGGGAUCUGCUUCACCAAAUUGUGUUUGGAGAAGAGGAGUGCCCUUUUGAAUUACAAGAGGUGGGAACUAAGAUUGCGAGUGAUUGUGGUGGGCUUCCUCUUGCUAUUCAUGUCGUUGGAGGAUUCUUGUCAAAGGUUGAAAGAUCAAGUGAUAUCUGGAAGCAUUUUUCAACAGAUUUAAAAGCUUUAACUGUUGAACCAGACAACCACUUAAGGUUCCUCAAUAUUCUUUCCUGGAGGUAUAGCCACUUACCGAUUUACUUGAAACCAUGUUUCUUAUAUAUGGGAGCUUUUCCAAAAUAUUAUGAGAUUAAUGGAUCUAGACUAAUGAGUCUAUGGAUAGCUGAAGGAUUUGUGGAAUCUAAUGGAGAUAAGAGUUUAGAGGAAGAGGCUGAGGACUACUUAAAAGCUCUUGUGGACAGGAAUCUACUUUCUGUUACACGAAAAAAGUCCAAUGGCAAACCAUUGAGUUAUUCAAUCCAUGAUCUUUUGUGGGAUCUAUGCAGAAGGGAAGCUAAUGAGGACAACUUUCGCUGUGUAAGUUUUCUGCCAUCAUAUGGAAUGGAAGAUGAGUAUGUUUCACCACAAUUGAUGCCACAUGCUCGAUCUUUUAUAUCCACUUGGAAGAAGAAUAUAUCUCCUAUGUUUUCCACAUUAAGAUUGCUUAGGGUGCUAGAUGUAAUUAGAAUGGUAUUCGGGGAGUUCCCAGGAGAAAUAUUACAACUUGUCAACCUACGGUAUUUAGCUUUCUCCUGCACUUCAGGUUUACCUAUUGGAAUAUCGAGAUUGUGGUAUCUGCAAACCUUGAUUUCUGCACAAUAUGUGCCAUAUGUGCCAUCUGAACUAUGGGAGAUGUCUGAGUUAAGACAUCUCAAGUUGAUUACAAAAUUCAAAAUCAAGGAGACUACAUUUGUUCAUAAGAAGCUGCAGACGCUUUCCUGUGUGUGGGUACUUCCUUCUCUAAUUAGGAGUGGUUUUUUCGAAACCAUUCCAAAUAUCAGAAAGUUGGGAAUCUAUAACAAAGCCUCACCGGACAUUGAAAUUGAUCUUAGCCAUCUUCACAAACUCGAAAAAUUGAAAUGCCAGUCUGCACUGGAUGAAUAUGGUAGCCGCUUUCUGCUCAACCUCAGAUUUCCACGUAAUCUCAGAAAAUUAACCCUAGGCGGCUGUAUACUAUGUCAGAGUUUUUUGACAACUCUAUGUGCACUACCAAAUCUGGAAGUCCUCAAACUAAUGGUUUGUAACUUUGAAAGCAAGUUAUAUGCAAAGUGGGAGUUGACAGAAAGGGAUGAGUUCCGCUCACUUCAGUAUCUAUGCCUUGAAUACUUAAAUCUGGUGCGUUGGAAAGCCGACGAGACCAACUUCCCUAGACUCCGGGAGUUGUUUGUAAGCAGAUGCCAUGAGCUAGAGGAAAUCCCAAGCGCCAUUGGAGAUAUCCCAACUCUCCAAGAAAUUAGCAUAUAUCGAUGUGGUGCUUCUGUAGUGAACUCAGCACAACAAAUUCAGAUGGAGCAAGAGGAACUCCGUAGCGAUCUCAAAGUAGUUAUAACAUAUUAGAAUCCGAAAGAAUCACUCUUGGUUUGAGCUGAACUGCUUGCCAUUUUCUGCUGAUGCUGAUGCUGAUGCUGAUGCUGCUCUGUUGUAAGUCCAGGAUCGCCAAGAGACGAUGGAGACAUGAUUGGGCUCGUUUCAUUGUGACCAAGACUGAGUAGUCAAGUCCUUUGUGUUCUAAGUUGUUUUCUGUAAUUGAGCUAUAGGUGAGCUUGAGAGUGUUAUAAAGCUCCUUAAUUGUUUUUUUCCGUUUGGUUCUUUCCCCAUGUCUUACUUAAUCUUGGAACUAGAUUGAGACUGUUGCUUCUUAAACAUUACACAAGGCAUGUGAUCUCCCAAAGAGAUGAUAAGCAACAAGAAACCUAUUUUCCCUCCACUAAAAUUUUCUCUCACAUCUCUCUUUGCCUAGUCGUUGUACCUUUCAUUUCAGAAUUAUGUCUUGAAUGUUAUAACAGAUUAGAAGCCAAAAGGUAAAAAUGCUAACCUCCAAGUAACCAAAAACAUGCUCCAUUUGUUCAUAUAAUGUUCUUUUAUCCCUCACAUCAUUGGUAUAAUUUCUUGAUUACGAAUUCUGGCUCUUAAACUGUAUGUCUUUUGUAUUGUGCAAUGAUUCAACACGCAAGAAUCACUGUUGGUUUGAGCUGAACUUAUCAAGUGUAAUAAAAGGUAUGCAUAUUGAUUUUUGUAAGAUUAGGAUUUGGUAUUGUCUAGCUAUAUAUCAGUAUGCAAAUGUAAUUGUUUCCCUUGAUUUGAUAGUGACCUUCCCGUCAUUUUCAACUGCUGCUGCUCUGUUGCACCUCCAGAAUCGCCAAGAGAUUAUGGAAACGUGAUUGGGCUCGCUUCGUCUCAACCUAGACAGAGUAGUCGUGUCCUUUGUGUUUUUAGUUGUUUUCUGUAAUUGAGUUAUAUGUGGGCUUGAGCAUGUUAUAAGCUCCUCUGUAGGUUUUUUUUUCGUUUGGUUCUUUCACAUAAACCUCAAAUUUCUCUCACGUCUCUCUUUCCCCUGCCAUAGUAGCUAUGUGGGAUUUUAGUUGCCUUUCAUUUCAGAAUAAUGUUUUGAAGUGUACUUCAUCAUUCUUGUUUUUGGUUGUUAAAAAUUGAUCUUUUAA